AGCACUUCAAUACUGUAGCAUACCUACCUACAUGCAAAUUGUAAUUAAAAUAUAUUAUGUAAUAAUAUUCUUGUUACAUUAAAUGUAAAAUUGUACAAACCUGUAGGAGUUUUUUCAGAAAUGUCGCGAAGGAAAAUUAUAAAUCUUCUUAUUUCAAAGACACUUCUAUUUUGUCUAAUUGCAAAAUCGUCUUCGUUAGAGGAAUGCAUUCAGGAUUUUAAUACAGAUUUGUGCAUGAUUGAAGCUAAAUGUCGCGAUGUUGUUACUUUGGAGUCUGUGAACGACGGGUUAGUUGGGAACUGUUACGAUUCUUAUCGCUAUAGACAAUGGGAUCGUUUUCCAAUGAAGAUUGCUUAUGAAGACACUUCUAAUGAAGAUUCAGAGAGAAAGCCUCUUAUACAAGAUUAUUAUUAUCGUACAAUAAUUAUAAUACUAGACUUAAGUCAUAAUAAUUACACCAUUUUUCCUUUAUUGCAAGAUAUGCAAAAUAUGGAAAUACUUAAUUUAUCAUUCAAUUUGAUAGAAAGCGCAGAACUCAGUUCUGAAUACAGUUUUCCGAAUUUACAAGAGCUUGAUCUAUCACAUAAUUUACUCCAUGAGCUUACAAUUAAUUAUUAUGAAAAUUCAUUUACAAAUCUAGUAAAGUUAAAUAUUUCACAUAACAAUUUUGUUCAAUUGGAUCCUGCUACUUUUCAUCAAUACAAUAAUUUACAAUACAUAGAUUUGUCUUAUAAUGACAUAUCAAAAUUAGAUGAAUUCACCUAAGAAGGCACACCAAAUCUUGUGUACUUAAAUUUAGCACAUAACAAACUCAAAAAACUGAAUGGAUCACUUUUAAGAUUGACAAAACUUGAGCAGAUCGUAGCGAAUAAUAAUAAAUUUAGUGAU